GUAUAUAAACAAUAUUUAUAUUGGGAAUACUAAUGACCAAGUACGUCCUUUUUCUGUUGUGCGUUUUGACUGUGAAGAGAAAGACUUCGCGCGAAAGAGAAUUACAAUGUCCCUAAAAUCUUUUCGAUUCUUGCAGCUUUAAUCAUCAGGAAAUUCGAAAAACAUGUUUCGACUUUUUGUGACGGUCGUCGCACUCGCCGUACUGAUCAACGCGGAAUUGCGAAGAAUUUCCUUAUACGAGACAAACACCUUUCAAAGAUCGAUUGCCAUCUAUCGUCGACAGCAUCGUUUAGUUAGAAGUACUAGCAUUCUAAGGGAACGUUUACUUAAUGAUUACAAUAUUUCUUACUACGGCCUUGUCACAAUCGGAACUCCACCGCAGAAGUUUAAGGGACACAUAAUAGAUAUGAAUACGAAAAAUCCAGCACAUACUGGUGAGGUGUCCGGAUACUUAUCUAUGGAUGUAGUGAAUAUUGCUGGCCUUAAUAUUCGAAAUCAAAUAUUCGGGGAAGCAAUAAACGAAUCGGGGACCGUCUUACGCUAUGCAGAAUUUGACGGUAUCUUGGGAAUGGGAUACCCCGAAGAAGUAAUUGCCAAAGGAAUGACUCCCGUUUUUAAUAACAUGAUUAAACAAGGCCUGGUGGAGCCAGUUUUUAGUUUUUAUAUAAAUCGGCAUGUAUUAUUCUUUAUGCGCUACGGAAAUCCUGUGUCCAAAUUUGUUGGUGAACUGAUAUUGGGUGGCUCCGAUCCCAAUCAUUAUUUAGGCAAGAUUACAUAUGUUAACAUUACCCAUAAAGGAUCCUGGCAAUUUACGAUGGAUAAGAUUCAAAUAGAACAUAGCAGUUUAUGCUCGAGUAGCUGUCAAGCUAUUGUCGACACGGGUACUGCUGUGCUAAUUGGACCACAAUUGGAUAUUGAAGUUAUUAACGAACUGAUCGGAGCUACUUAUAUUAACGAAGAAAUAAUUGUGGACUGCAAUAGGGUUCUUAACUUGCCCAAUAUUAGUUUCUUCAUAGGUGGUAAAUCAUUCGAAGUCACUCAUGCAGAUUAUAUUUAUGACGUCACAGAAAACAAUACUACGAAAUGUAUGAGCGCUUUUGAGAGUCCAUAUUUCAGUGAUGAGUAUGUGAAAUCGGAAUGGGUUUUGGGAAAUGUAUUUAUACGUCGAUAUUUUAUCGAGUUUGACAUGAAGAACGAUCGGAUCGGAUUCGCUUCUAAAAAUACCUUUUUUAAUAAAUAAAUAAGUAUAACAAGCGUUCGAAUUAAUCGCGACACUCGUCGUGCUGAGCAACUCGGAAUUACUGAGAUUGCUGGCAUUAGUGUUCUAGAUCAAACAUUCACAGAAGCGAUAGAGAUGGAUCCGGCUUUUUCUAUUCUGAAAUUCGAUGGAAUCUUAGGACUGGGUUAUCCCGCAAUAUCUAUGAAAGGAGUGCCACCCGUUUUCUCCAACAUGAUUGAACAAAGCCUAGUGAUAGUAAUGAAUUAUGAUACAACUAUAUGUGCGAAUGGCUGUGAAGCUAUCAUCCACACUGGUUUUCCGGGGAUAUCAGGACCAGCAUCGGAAAUCGCAGUUAUUAACAAACAGAUUGGAGCAUUUUAUCGUGGUGAACAAACAAUUGUGGACUGUAACGGCAUUCAUGAUUUGCCCCACAUUUAUUUCGUCCUAGGUGGUCAAAUAUUUCUAUUCUCUGGUGAAGAUUAUAUUGACGUGAAAGUGUUUGCUGGUCUUAAAAUUAUAAAUCAAACAUUCGGGGAAGCGAUAACCGAACCUGGAAUAGCUUUUCUCUAUGCAAAAUUCGAUGGAAUCUUGGGAAUGGGUUACCCCGAUUUAGCUAUUUUAGGAGUAACUCCCGUUUUUACUAAUAUGGUUCGACAAGGCCUGGUAGUUCGAAUGGAAAAUAAAACCUUUUGUUCAACUGGUUGUCAAGCUGUUGCCGACACGGGUUUUUCCCGACUAGCUGGACCACCAAUGGAGAUUUCAAUUAUUAAUAAUCGGAUUGCAAUUGACGUAUUUAACGGAGUAGUAUAUGUGGACUGUGAACAGAUUUAUAAUUUGCCCAAUGUUACUUUUUUCCUGGGUGGUAAACCAUUUGUACUCACUGCAGAAGAUUACAUCAUUAUCGAUGAGAUGGAUACGACACUGGUAUGUUAUAGCGCCUUCGAAGUUGCGGCUCAUAGUGAGUUUG